AUGAAAGAUAAUCCUUAUGAAAAAUCAGUAACCUGCAGCAUCGAUAAAAUUUUUAAGGGUCCAAUGAUCAGAUAUGAACUGGAACAUCCCUUUCAAAACGGAAACCUGUGGAAUGUCAAAAAGACCGACUGGUUCCAGGAAUGGCCAGAUUCUUAUGAGAAGCACAUCUACAGCUCUGAGGACAGGACUGCACAACGGCAUCUGAGCAGCUGGGCCAUGUGCAACACCAACAACCACAACUCCCGCGUCCUCAAGAAGUCCUGCCUGGGUGUGGUGGUGUGCAGCCGCGACUGCUCCGCCGAGGAGGGCCGCAAGACGUACCUGAGACCUGCCAUCUGUGACAAAGCCCGGCAGAAGCAGCAGAGGAAACGCUGCCCUAAUUGUGAUGGGCCUCUGAAGCUGAUUCCUUGCCGAGGCCAUGGGGUUCCGGUCACCAACUUCUGGAGGCACGAGGGAUGCUUCAUAUUCUUCCAGUCAAAAGGAGAGCACGAUCAUCCAAAACCAGAAACUAAAUUGGAAGCCGAGGCAAGAAGAACAACGAAGAAAGCACACACAGCAUCUUCCUCUGUCUCCUUAAAGCUGAAGGGGCGCCCAGAGACAAAGUCUCUUUCAGGUGAAACUCAAAGUUGGGGAAGUUUACCUUUAACUUGGUCUUUCCAGGAAGGCGUCCAAUUGCCUGGUAGUUACAGUGGACCUUUAAUAGCUAAGCCUCCCCAGCAGAAGUCACUGAAUGAUUGCUUAUUCUUCUCCAAGACUUAUUGUUUGGGGGGAACCACUCAUUUGGCAGACCCCACUUCCACCUUGGGCCCCACUAAGCUCUAUGAGAAAUGCAAACUGUCCAGUAGUUGGAUCUAUAAGAGUGGGGACCUGCUUCAUCCUGUUUCUGGAGUCUUCUACGAUGAUUGGCAAACGUGGAAUAAAAACACUGCUUUGGGGAGAAAUUCUCUUAAUGACAACUGUUGUCCCAAUUAUCCUUUUCCUCUGACCAGCUGGCCUUAUGACUCCCCCUCCUGGAACUCUUCAGAACCCUUUACCCAGCAGAUUCCAGUGGAACCACCUGCAGCUGAAAGUAGCUAUUGUCCAUUAUGGCCAAAUCCAGGGGGGGAGCUUUAUGUAGAGAAGGUACAUGUGGAUUUUAUUUUUUUUAAUUUAUUUUUUAUUGCUGCUUCCACCACAUUCCAUUCACCUCAGGAAGACCCCUUUCUCUUUACCGAUACCUCCCAUCCCCACCAUCAAUAUUCAUUGACAGGCAAGAGCCGUAAGUGGGAUUUUGAUGAAGAAAUGAGGGGCAUGGGUUUGGAUUACUACAACAAUGAAAUGCUUCUAAACCUCUGUCCUUUAAGAUGA